UAUUUCUACUUGCCGUCCUGUUGAAUUGCACUUUAUCACUGUUGCAGCUUUCACAUCAUCUUAAACUGAGCAUAGGUCAAGAUGCCUGGAAAAAUAGAUGCUGUGGGCUUUCUUAUCAAAGCAAUGGUGGAGCGAGACCCAAGUAAGCGACGAGUCAAGCCCAGUCAGCAGGCACUGGAGGAGUUUGAGGGAAUGACACUGGAGGACAGCUCAGAUGACUCUGACUACAAAGUGGAUGAAAAGGAUGAGGACGAUGACGGCGAUUCCAACUUCAGCGGCGACGACGACGACGACGACGACGGCGAUGCCGACAAAGACAAGGAGGAAGAGAGCGAUUCAGAUGAAAGCGGCGGCGAAGAUGAAGGUGACGGGGAGGAGGCGGACGUCUCCGUCUCCGAGCUGCUGAGCCGCGCUGCCCGCGACGCCCCCGCUGGAAGCAAGGUGCCCGUGAAGCGGAUCAAGGUGUGCUCCAUCUGCCUCGGGGACCGCAGCUCUGACCAGAACGAGAUCGUCGAGUGCGACUCCUGCCACGUCACGGUCCAUGAAGGCUGUAACGGGAUCAGCGAGAGUCACAGCUCGGGCAGCUCAGCCUCGUCGGACCCGACCGAGCCGUGGUUCUGCGACGCGUGUCGGGCGGGCGCCACGCGGUUCGAGUGCGACCUCUGCCCCAACACAGGCGGUCUGCUGAAGGAGACGGACGCGGGCCGCUGGGUGCACCUGGUCUGCGCGCUCUACGUGCCCGGCGUGGCGUUCAGUGACGUCGACCGGCUGACGGGCGUCACCCUGUUCGAGAUUCCGUACACCCGCUGGGGCAGCAAGGUGUGCUCGGUGUGUGAGGACGCCAGUCUGGCGCGCACUGGAGUGGCCAUCCAGUGCGACGCCGGCAUGUGCAAGGCCACCUUCCACGUCACCUGCGCCCAGCGCAACGGUCUGCUGCAGGAGCCGCGCAUCGACGAGGAGGCGGCCGACCCGUACUUUGCCCACUGCAAGCAGCACACCGACAAAACUCAGAUCAGAGACCGCAAACGGAACUUCCUUGCCAUGCGGCUAUACCAGCGCGGCGAGCACCCGCACAAGAUGGAGCCGGCGCGGCUGCAGCGCAAACUCGGCCGCGUCCAGCAAAAGUAUCGAGACACGGCGCUCACCAGGAAACCCAAGUGGACGCCGUCGAUGAAGCUGCCGCGGCCGGUGGCCAGCAGUCCGUACCUGCUGCGCUGUUUGCAGCGGCGCGCCGCCCUCAUGGGCGUCGACCUGGAGCAGGAGAACCAGGCGGCCGCCGCGCAGGUCACCGACGUCAGCAGGAAGUGGCACCUGCCGCCCGCCUUCAGUAUGGAGUUUGUCAGCUACUUUCUGGACCGGAGCCACCGGAUGACGACAAUGUCCCGGUCGCUGAAGGAGCUGAUGAAUGAGAAGGCGGCGCUCCAGAGGCAGGAGAACACACUCAGGGAGUCGUACGCGCAGAUGGAGGCCGGUCUGUCGGAGCUGCGCCAGGCCGGCGAGCAGCUGCGCUCGACCGGCCUGCUGCUGCACCGCCAGCUGGCCGCGCUCGCCGGUGACAAGCUCAAACUGCCCUCCGUGCUGCAACAGGCGCGCGUCCGCAAAACGUCGACCGGCCGCGCCAGUCCGCUCAAACCGUCACCGACCAAACUCGCCGGCCAUCGCCCUGGCAGCCGCCUGACCAUGCACGAGUGUAUCGAGUGCGGCUCGAGCAGCGAGCAGCACCUGCUGGCGCUGUGCGACACGUGCCACCACCACUACCACCUGGCCUGCCUGGACCCGCCGCUCUCGCGUAUGCCCAGAAAGUCAAAGACGACCGGCUGGGAGUGCUGGCGGUGCGCGGCGGUGAGCUCGCGGGCCCAGUCGCCCGAUCCGCUACCGGACGCACCGCGAGGCACCCGGAACCGGCGCUCUCGACAAGCGGCCGCCGUCAAUAUGCAGCCCCAGGUGAAGCUGGAAACCCACCUCGGGCUGGACCGGCCAGCGCCGACCACCCCGCGCCGCUCCCUCUCCGUCUCUGCCGCCACCACGCCCGCCUCGGCCAUCGGCGACGACGGCACGCCGAAAAAGAAGCCGGUCCGCAGCGUCUACCUGCGAAAGGACAUCAAACACCCGGGGGUGGGGAGGGGCAACGCGCCGCGCGCCAAACGGAAAUUGGCGGCGGCGGCGGCGGCAGCCGGCGCUACGCCGGUGGCUGCUCAUGAGCCUGUGUCUGCGCCUGCCGCUGCUGCUGCUGCGACUGCGGCGGCGGCUGGUAAUGCUGCAGAUCCCGCCGGCCAACCGCCACUCAAGACGAACGUUCGUCUGGGCGUGAGAGACGCGAUAACGGUCGACGACCGACGCAUAUCGCAAGUGAUGGCUAAGAGUGAAGCGGCCUGCUCCUCGGUCGUGGUUAUAGAGAAGCUGAACGACGCCAUGGUCUCCCAGCGAGAGCCGCCCACCAGCCCGACCGCCAAACGGCGCAGGUCGAGGACAGAUUCCCCCGCCGCCGCCGCUCCCAACAGCGCUUCCACUGCCGCCGUGACCAACGCCUCAGCCACCGCCGCCACCGCCACUGACGGCGGCGCUACCGCCCCGGCGGCGGCCUCUGGCAGCGGCGCCGCACUGUCUCCGGGCCGCCCCCGGCGCUACAGCAGUAUCGAGUCAACCAUAGACGGUAUUCUGGAGCAGGUGUCGGCGGACCCGAGCGGCGGGCCGCCCACGCCGCCGCCGUUCGUCUACAGUGGCCGUGGCCGGCCGCCGACCCUUGAGCCGCUCAAAAUAAAACGGCGCGGCCGGCCGCCCAAGUCGCCCAGGGUGGAGCCCACAGCGCACAGCCCGGUGGCGCCGGAAGCUCCGGCCUUGACGGAGUCAGUGGCGGCGGUGGCGGUGGCGACAGCGCCAGCCGCGGCCACCGCCGGGGGACCGCCGGCCGUGGCCACCCCCGGCCGGCCACCGGCCACAGCCACCCCGGGCAGGCCGCGCGGCCGCCCGCCCGGCCGACCGUUCUCAGUGCGCACCCCAGGCAGACCGCGAGGGGGUGGCGCGCGCCGCCGCACCAAGGCACAGAUCGAGGCCCUCAACCAGUUUCUGGCUCGGCGCCGGGCCGAGAGGCAGUCCCAGUCGGAGGCCUCGUCAGCGGAGGGCGGGGCGACCGGGAGCGCUCCGCCACCGCCUCCGUCUCAGAAUGGCGAGCACCCCCCACCGGCGGCGGCUGCCGACGGAGCCGAGCCGCCGCCGGCCGCCGCCGCUACUCUGGCCAGACCCACGCCUGCCAAACGGCCAAGGUUUAAACCGGGACCGAAGGAGCGCGCCAGGCUGAAGGCAGCCAGGGCGGCGGCCGGUGACGGGCCCGCCGGCGGACCUGUGGGGGCCACCGGCCCGCCGCUGAAGAAGCCCCGCCGCCGGCGGAGAACCAAGGCCGAAAUGGAGGCCGCCCGGCUGCUGGAGGCUCAGAAGGACGGUGCGGAGCCGCUGCCGGUCCCUGCGGUGGACGCGGAGCCGGUACCCGCCCCUGCGGUCGCUGCUGAGGGUCCCGGGGCCGCCGCGGACGGGCCGUCAGCAGCUGCUCCCGCCGCCGGCCUGCCGUCGCCGUCCAGCUCCGGGCGGCCUGCCCGCCAGCGGCGCACCAAGGCCGAGAUGCAGCUCUACCAGGAGCAGGUGCUGGCGCUCAAACAGGCGCGAGAGCGGCACCAGCAGCAGCGUCAGAAGGUGCUCGCCAGGCGCCGCCGCUCGAGUGGAGGCCACGUGGUCGAGGUGAUGACCGACAUGAAAAUCAAGAUUCGUCCUGUGGUAUCAGAGGCCGGGCCGGCUACUGCCCCGUCACCGGUAGCCGCGGCGGCGGCGGUGGUCUGCUCCAACUGCGAGCUCGCCGGCAGCGCGGCGACCACAGUCCGGUGCGACAACUGCGGCAGCUGCUACCAUUUCAGCUGCCUGGUGCCGCCCGUCUCCAAGACGCCCAAGAGGCUCGGCUACGGCUGGUUGUGCGGCAACUGCAGCGGUCGCGGCCGACCCCCCGCCAAGGCGUUCAAAGCCGAGCCGCCCUCUGCUCCCGCCGCUGCCGCCGCACCUGAUGCCGCCGCCGCUGCCGCCCCGGCCCCGGCUCCGGACCCAGUCCCGACUCGGGUCAAGGCUCCAGCAGAGGCGCCAGCGGAGGCGCCGGUGGAGGUACCGGUGCCAGCCAAGGAGCCCGCUCCGCAGUCCUGCCCUCCGCCGCCGCCGCCGCCGUCCGCGCCGCCCUCCGCCGAGCCGGCCGGCGGUGAGGUGGAGCGGCAGCCGCAGCAGCAGCGGAGGGAGACGACUGCUCAGCCAUCAGCGACACCGGCGGCAGAGGCCAAGGUGGACCCGCCGCCGGUGACCGAGUGACUGUAACGGACUAGGAGGGGUCCGGGUCGGCCCCAGGCUGUGUGGAGAGGUGUAACGGGCAGACCCGCAGCGUACUGUAGAUCGGUGGCCUGGCGACCCAGCUCGCCUGCGACAGGGCAGCUGUCAGUGAUUCCUCAUCUUUCCUAUCAUGUCUGUCCGAUCCGGUGCUCGGCUGACUGACACCGGCGACGUGUCGUCUGCCGCUGUGGCCGGUCGUGGAGUCCGUCGGCUGUGUUGGUGUCGCUCAGAGCGCUGCCGCGGCGCUGGGGCGCCGGUCAGGCAGGUACUGACUUCACACCGUGCGCGUCUCAGCCAGCCACCGCUGCCGUCGUCGUGCGAAGCUGCAUCGACGUGCAGGUAGUGUCGAACUGGCAGGGUAGGAUGGAAUGGGCACUUUGUGUCAUGUUUCGCUCCGCCUGUCAGACUCAACGUUCCAUCAUUGUUUACUCCAGACGGAUGUCUUUGAUUUGUGUGCCGUAGCGAACAGAAUGCCUCUUUCAGUAGCGUAUUAAAUGUAUUUAUGCAUGUUUUGUUGUUAAUAAAAGCAAACGUUCUA